AUGGGUUUUGGAAUAAGGAAGAGCACGGUAAAUUAUUCGAAGAAGACAAGAGACAUGCUAGACAGAAAGUUUGUUUGUGAUAAGGAGGGCUAUAGAUCUAAUAGAGAUAAGAUGGAGAUGCCUUUUCGGCGAGAGACCCGAGUGGGAUGUAAGGCAAUGAUGAGAGUUAAAGUAUUGGAGGACAAAUCGUGGGAGGUCACGGGGUUUGUUGAAGAACAUACAAAUCAUGUGUUGAGUAGUCCAGACAAAGCAAAGAUGCACAGAUCACACCAACAAUUCCAUAAAUCUCAAAGUUGUAAAAAACUUAUUGAGAGUUUGCAAGAAGAAGGUAUGCCUCCAUCCACUAUUUCUCACGUCAUUAAUGUAACCACUGGAAGAGAAGGCGAAUUAGUGACACCACAACAGUGUAUUGAUCACAUCAGAUACCAAAGAGUAACCACUGGAAGAGAAGGCGAAUUAGUGACACCACAACAGUGUAUUGAUCACAUCAGAUACCAAAGAGUCAACAAUAUUGGCCAUGAAUGCAUAUCUAUCAUAAAACAUUUUCAGAGUAUGACAGUGAAUGAUCUAGAAUUCUAUUUUGCAAUAGAAGUGGACAGUAGUGGACAAAUGAGGAGUGUUUUCUGGGCUGACGGAAGAUCAAGAGCGCCUUAUUUGCAAUUUAGUGAUGUUGUUGUGUUUGAUGUGACAUACAGAACUAAUAAGUUCAGUCUUCUAUUUGCUCCAUUUACUGGUGUGAAUCAUCAUAGGCAGUCCACUUUACUUGGUUUUGCAUUAUUAGCUGAUGAACAAGAAGAUACAUUUGUGUGGUUAUUUGAAGAAUGGCUUAAAUGCAUGCAUGGGGUUCAACCAGGUGCUAUUAUAACAGAUCAGGAUAGAGCCAAGUGUAAUGCUAUUCACUCUGUGUUUCCAAUGACAAGACACCAUUAUUGCUUUUGGCACAUGAAAAAGAAUAUUACCGAUCACUUGCCUACUUUGGCUUCUCGUUAUGGUGAACAGUUUCAAAGGUAUUGGGGUUUAUGGUGUAAUAGUUCUUCAAUUGAACAGUGUGAAGGAUAUUGGCUAGAGAUGAAGGAGAAUUUUGAUAUAAAUGAAGAAGGGGAUGGAUGGUUGCAAAAUGUUUACAAAUAUCGAGAACAUUGGGUGUCAUGUUAUUUGAAGGACACUUUUUUUGCUGGAAUGAGAUCGAGCCAAAGAAGUGAAAGUAUUAAUGCAUUUUUUGAUGGGUAUGUUAACUCACAAACUCAAUUACACGAGUUUGUUCUACAAUAUGAAAAAGCAUUAACUCAUCGUCGCAUAAGUGAAGCCCAUGAAGAUUUCAAGAGUCUUAACACAAAGCCUGUCAUGCUCCUUGGGCAUCCGAUUGAGGUCCAAGCUGGAGAAAUGUAUACAUGUAACAUGUUUGAUGUGUUCCAAAUAGAAUUCAAAGGAUUUGCUAUAGAGUUUUGUGAAGAAUUGAGAAAAGAUGGGGACAUUGUUGAAUACAAGAUUAGUAAGUUUGUAGAUAGAGGAAAAUGGGAGGUGGUUACUUAUGAACAAUCCAGUAAGAUACAGUUUAUUUGUACAUGUGCUCUGUUUGAAACUAAUGGUGUUGUAUGUAGACAUAUAUUGUCGCUAAUGAUGGCUAGGCAAAUUUCUUCAUUACCCGAGCAUUACAUCCUACACCGUUGGACUAUACAUGCUCGACAUCGUAACAUUGGCGUUGGCAAUAUUGUAUUUGGAAGAAACAUCACAAGUUGUGAAGAGAAGAUUAAUUUGUUGAAAUCUUGGGCUUUAAGAGCAAAAUUCAAUAAUGUGCUCGAGCUUACAUUUGAUUCAGAAGAGAGGAUGCAGAAAUUAGAUAAUGUGCUAACAAAUUUCUUAGAAUCACUUGAAGAAGAACUUAAAGAAACAGAAGAUAAUCAUCAGAUUUCCGCAACAAUUUCUCAUACAAUGGAGAACAUUCCUCAGAUUACAGUUCAUGAUCUUGAAAAACCUGCAAGGACUAAAGGUCGUCCACGCAAUGCUACUAGAAUUCAGUCAGGCUUAGAACAAGCACAAGAAAAGAAAGAGAGGAAGAAGCGUAUAUGUGCUACUAGAAUUCAGUCAGGCUUAGAACAAGCACAAGAAAAGAAAGAGAGGAAGAAGCGUAUAUGUAGCAGAUGUGGUGAACUCGGGCAUUAUAGAGGAAGAAGCGUAUAUGUAGCAGAUGUGGUGAACUCGGGCAUUAUAGAACUAGCUGUAAAGUCAACUUGUCAAUGUACAAUUAAUUUUUUUCCAUAUGUAGCUUUUUCAUGA